AUGGCAGCAGAGCCCGAGCCAGCCCUUGGCUCAACCGGCAAUACGAAAAGCAUCUGUAUCGAAGCUAUAAAAGCAGCCCUAACGAACGCAGAAGAAGUCCUCAUCGAUGCGAUGCAUAUUCCCGCCGCAGGCUGCUGGCCACCGCAUUUCAUAUCAAUACUUGUGGUGACCACCGAGAUCCCCGAAAAUAUCCUCCAACCUUGCCUGUGGGAUGCUUGGGAUGAGCUCCCGGGGAUGCAUCCUGAUGUGCAGAUUCCAGCGUAUUCGGUCAUUCGAGUCGACAGUUUGAAUUAG